CUAGUUUCAAGGCGUGACCUUGACCACAAAAGCUUAUUAUUAUUUAGUUAGUUGGCUGUCACGCACAAAACUGUUAACAGUUUAAAAUGAAUAAUCUAGGCUGUAGAGGUUUGCUUCAACUACACCUUAUAAAAGCGCUAGCCAGUAGUAGCAAUCAGCCACCAAUGAGAAGUCUACUUGCUGCUGCUAAUAACCGUAAUUUUUUGAGUACCUACUUUCGUCAGACACAAAAAACGCCUGGUGAAAAUACACUGCCUGAUGGACAACUACGAUAUUCAACAAAUAAAAAAUGGCACGCGAUAAUGAAUUUUGUUAACAAGCCAAAAGAUACACCACAAUAUCAAUAUCAAAUUGUUAUAGUGUGUACUCUAAUCACUGCAAUCUAUUUUGGAUUCUUUCGAGGCAGAUCUGAACUUGAUGACGUGUUGGAUCAGAAUUAUGAAAAUUUUCACAAACAAAGAUUGAGACAGAAUUGAUCUGUAAAUACUGUGUAGCAUUUGCAUAGCUUUUAAACCUUUCUCUACUAUUAUUUCUACAUUUCCUUGAUCUUGGUCAUUUUUUCGAAAUACAACGUACAACUUUUA